AUGGCAGCACAUGAGACAGAUACCAUCCACAAAGAUGAUUCAAGUCAAGCUUCAUCUAGACACGCGAAUUCGAUAAAAUCGUCCUCAGAAACAGAUUCAUUACUUUCGCCGGUCACCGCUACCUCAACACCAAAUUAUAAGUCGACCUCAACCUUUCCAGACGUCGAAUCCGCACAAAAUGUUCAAGCCGAGAACGAAACCACAGGGAGAGUUACGAAGAGCGCUGCUAUUAUAAUAAGUCUUCUGCUCAUUGGUGUUUUCAUAUCAUAUGCAGAUGGCACGCUCGUUCUUGCAACAUAUGGUACCAUUGCUUCCGAAUUCCGGGCUCUCGGUGAUGCCAGCUGGCUGACUACUAGCUAUUCUUUGGCGAUGUGCGCUGUUCAACCACUUACAGGCAAGAUUAGUGAUAUAUAUGGAAGAAAGCCAGUUCUUUUAAUUUCAUAUGGAUUCUUUGUGAUUGGAUGUGUCUUAACUGGACUUUCUCAGGCAAUGUGGCAAACUGUGAUGGGCAGAGUAGUAGCUGGUAUGGGAGGUGCCGGUAUGAGCGUCAUGGUGUCUGUUCUAAUAGUUGAUCUUGUACCUCUGAUUCAUGUCGCUGCCUGGAGGAGUUAUGUUAACGUCGUUGGGACCAUUGGAAGGAGUAUUGGUGGUCCCUUGGGCGGACUGUCAUUCAUCGGACAAGGACCUCUGAUGCUUUUCGCUAUUGUUUUGGUAGCAUACAAACUUCCAACCCGCUCGUUAUCCGACGAGCCUAUCCAUGCCGACGAUGGGCCUUCAAGGCUUCGAAGAAUUGAUUUUGUUGGGGCUUUCAUGCUGACUGGAACUAUCGCUGCUUUUCUCGCCGCACUCAGUCUUGCGGGACAAGCACUACCUUGGUCUCAUCCUAUAGUCAUCGGACUGUUGUUGGGAUCCGUUCUGCUUGGCGCUGUAUUUGUGAGUUACGAGAUCAAGGUUGCUACUGAGCCCAUAUUUCCACCCGCACUUGCGAUUCAAAGAGAUGUGGCAGCAUCAUAUGCUAUCAAUGCAUUGCAGCUGGGUGCACAAGUUGGCAUGAUGUAUUCCGUCCCACUCUACUUUCGCGUAACACAAGGAAGCUCUAAUACCACUGCGGGACUUCAUCUCUUCCCUGCCGUGUUUGGUAAUACGACGGGAGGCCUCCUCGCAGGUUGGCUGAUUAGCCGUAUCGGUACGGUUGUUGGCGUGGCCCUGUGCGCUGGGGUCCAAAACAGUGCUUUGGGCGAAGCGCUUGGAGGACUAGGUUUGGAUGACAGUGUGGUAAGGAAAGUUAUGAGUGAUGUAGGGAGCGUGAAGGACUUGCAUGGAAAUAUCAGGCUGCAGGUAAUAGAAGCCUACGUGAAAAGCUUAGAAGCGAGCCACGCGGUGAGUGUGGGACUAUCAGCGUUAGCGUUUUUGGUGAGUCUGGUGGUUAGAGAGAAGAAGAUUAUGUAG